UUUAUUAAAAUGUUAAUUCAUUUGUCAGGCGCUGACAGGCUUGACAAAUCGUCCAGGAAUAGAGCUGCUUUCCUCGAAAACACACGUGCUUUGCAAUCACUGUGGGUUUCGACACUAAAAUAUUACAGCUCCUUACAAAAAAAUAAUGUCUGACCAGGAGAAGGAUGGUAGGGAUUUGGUUUCCGACGAGACGGGCUCUGGCACCACGGAUAGUCCAGAGGAUGGGAGUGAUGUCAUGCCCCUCACUGUCAUACCCUCUAUUCUGCGAUCCCCCCAGUCCAAGACUGUGAUGUCCGGCGCUCCCUCGAUAACCCUCACCAUUCCCGAUUCCAAUCACUCUAUACCCAACGAAUCCGCCGAGGAGCGACUCCGGCGUAGACUGCGCUUCCUGGAACUGAGGCGGGAGCACUACAAUCAUAUGUUCAACCACACCGAGGUCUGCCACAUGGCGUCCUCCGACGAUCCGGAAGAUGUCGAGACAAGGCGAGCGCACCGCGACGAGGAUUCCAUGUAAACAGGACUGAUAUUCAAGGAGCGGGGACAACCAACAGCACUCGACAGUCGUUUAGCAAAGGCACAGGAUUCUGGUGUUCCAUAUAUUUGCAUAAUAAUUUACUAAAUUAUUUAUCAAAAGUGUGUGUUUUAUUUUAUGAUUAGUACUUUAGAAACCAGUAUCCUAACAGAGAGACAACCAUGACCAGAACCUACUCCUACUCCUACUCCUACUUUAUACUAUUAAUUAAGCUAUUAAUCAUACCUUUUUUUAA